AUGAAGCUCACCCUUGGUUUUGCGUCAAGCCUUCUGAAUUUUUGUCACAUUUACAGUCUAUCUAUACUCACAGAUAACAGUGGUCAAAAUAUCACUCAGCUGGAUACAAUAGACAUUGAUUCGAAAAAUGUGGACGUUGUCAGACAACUUCUGAAUCAAGAAACAAUUAUUAGAAUGGCACUGGUAAAAAAUGUACACGCACUAUUGAAAGAUAUGGUCGACUUGAAACAAAGUAUGGAGUCACUGGAAACUUCACAGCAGAAAACAGACUUGGAGAUAACAUCAUUGCAACAGGAAGUGAACGAACUAAAACGUGAAAACGAGAGGCUUAAGCUUGAACACAGAAGGUAUGAAGAAACAUUCAACGCCGUAAAAGAAAACUUCACUCAAAUGACUGAACACAUUUUUGAAUUUGCAGAACAAUCAGAAUUUAAGAGAGAAGCUUUUGAGAAAAACACCAGUACCAUACUGGGAGACUUAAAAGUUGAGGUUCGAUAUCUGUCAGUUACUCUUCUUGACCUGAAUAAACACACGUUGGAAAUAGAUAAGAGUAUCCCUGCAUUGAUAGAUAAAAAGUAUGAUAUUCUGUCAAUAAAAUUGAAUACAUCUCUGGAAAAUUUGAGGAAUGAUUUACUUGCUUCUGGCGCAAAAAUAUCUAAGUCAGUGUCAAACUUGGAAAAUUCUCAAAAUGCAGUUGUAUCUUCAAUGUUUGGUAAGCAUCCAUUUACUUAUAGUAAAGAAAUUUCUGAUUUCUCUUCAUUUUCCACUUACAAGCUUUCGACUUCAGAUAAAAGCAAACAGCUUUAG